CAGAUACAAAAAUGAGUCAACAACAGCCGAGGAGGCCUCAGGAGGGGCAAGAACCCGUCAAGUACGGCGACAUUUUCAAUGUCUCCGGGGACCUCGCAUCCAAGACGGUGGCGCCACAAGAUGCUGCGAUGAUGCAGACCGCUGAAACCAUGGUGUUGGGGCAGACCCAGAAGGGCGGUCCGGCAGCUGUCAUGCAGUCGGCCGCCACCCGAAACGAGAGAGCUGGCCUCGUCCGCCACGAUGAGGCUACUGAUGUAGCUGGACAUGAAGGUGUCACUGUUACAGAGACUGAUGUCCCUGGAAGGCGAAUAAUCACUGAAUCAGUUGGUGGACAGGUUAUUGGCCAGUAUGUGGAGCCAACACCGGUUACACAAGUAGCUGCGGGAGGCUUCAUGCAGCAGAAUGCAAUAACUAUAGGCGAGGCACUGGAGGCCUCGGCCCAAACAGCUGGGGAUAGGCCAGUGGAUCAGAGCGAUGCAGCGGCAAUUCAGGCUGCAGAGGUGAGAGCAACAGGCAGCAAUGUGAUAAUUCCAGGGGGCCUGGCUGCCACGGCUCAAUCUGCCGCAGCUCAUAAUGCGGGGACUGAAAGGGAGCAAGACAAGAUUAAGGUUUCUGAUGUUCUCUCGGGUGCGACCGCCAAGUUACCCGCAGACAAGGCGGCAACUAGGCAGGAUGCCGAAGGAGUGGUGAGUGCCGAGUUGAGGAACAACCCGGACAUGACCACACGUCCAGGUGGAGUUGCGGCUUCUGUUACUGCAGCUGCCAGGCUGAACGAAAAGAUGAAUGUGAACACGUAGUAGCUCGUACUGUCCAAGAAUGUCUGAUAGUUUUGGUCAUGCUUAGUAUGUAUGAACUUUUGCGUGCGGCUGAAAAUUAAGUUACUGUUUUGUUACACAUAUG